AUGAGAAUUCUCCAAACCUCACGCUUGCUUUCUCACCCCUCACUCCGCAAUCCUCUUCCCAUAGGUCUAAUCAGAGUCACCCUCUUGCCCCGUAGGAUCCGCCUCCUACCUUGCUGUUUCAGACUGGCGCUGCCCUCGCCUUCGCCUUAUUUCUCCACUUCUGGCCAACCUAGUAGCUCCAUCUUGGCCCAAAUUCAUACGUGGCCAGAGGCGAAUCUGAUCACUACAUCUUCUGCCCCUGUUGGCCUUUAUCAGAUAUCCCCUGUAAAUUCCAGUUCCCGUAGCUACACCAUUUCGUCUGAAGGAGCAAAGGCAGCUCCACAAACUCUAUCCAUCGUCGAUUUCCCCAAUUGGACCAGCACUGAAGUGGUUGACUGGCUUUCUCAACACAAGCUUUCCUCAUUCUUGCCUCGUCUAGCUGGUCUUGAUGGCCGUCUCCUCGUUGAGUUAGUUUAUCUUCGCCUUCAUGCCCCGGAAGGCCUGAUGACCAUUUUGUCUUCCGACCUCGGCAUGGGCCUCAUUGAUCGCUUGCGUUUGCUCGCUGCUCUUGCCGAUCUCGCGAAAUAA